AUGUGGGAGACGCACCCAACAUUCAACAAGUCGCCGAUCUCCACCUUCGCCCGUUCAACCACCUCCCCAUCCCCCACGGGCUGCUCUCUCCUCAAUUUCCCUUGUUCUUCUUUUGCCGCGCCCGGCGUCCUCUCCAGCAUGGAUGUCGUCGCGGCCGUCUCGGGCUACAUCUCUAAGAUGGUGACGGCCGGCGAGUCGGCCUCGGGGUCUUCGUCGACCAAGAUGAAGAUCUUGCUCCUCGACAGUGAGACAGUGCCGAUCGUCUCGACCGCCAUCACCCAAUCCGCGCUCCUCAACCAUGAAGUCUACCUUAUCGACCGUCUGGACAACGCUGCGCGCGAGAAGAUGCGCCAUCUGCGAUGCCUGUGCUUUGUGCGCCCAUCUCCAAGCUCCAUCCAGCUGCUCAUCGAUGAGCUUCGAGAACCCAAGUACGGCGAAUACUACAUCUACCUGAGCAACAUUAUCCGCAAAUCCUCCCUCGAGCGACUGGCCGAGGCAGACAGUCAUGAGGUGGUCCAUUCUGUGCAGGAACAAUAUGCCGACUUUAUGGUGAUCAACCCGGACCUGUGCUCUUUGAGCCUUGGGUUUCCCCUGCAACGGCUAUGGGGCCACUCGCCGGACUUGUGGGACGGAGAAGCGCUACAACGAGCCACCGAAGGGGUCCUCGCUCUGCUGCUGUCGCUGAAGAAGAACCCGUUGAUUCGCUAUGAGAAGAACAGUCUGUUGACACGAAAGUUGGCAACGGAGGUGCGGUACCACCUCACGCAAGAAGAACAACUGUUCAAUUUCCGCCGGAUGGAUACCCCGCCUAUCCUGCUCAUUCUGGAUCGGCGCGACGACCCCAUCACCCCGCUGCUCACCCAGUGGACCUACCAAGCCAUGGUACAUGAACUACUAGGUAUCAACAAUGGACGCGUGGACCUUAGUGAGGUCCCCGAUAUUCGACCGGAGCUCCAGGAGAUCGUCUUGGCCCAGGAUCAAGACCCUUUCUUUAAAAAGAACAUGUACCAGAAUUUUGGCGACCUGGGCCAGAAUAUCAAAGAGUACGUGGAGCAGUACCAAGUCAAAACCCAGAGCAACAUGAAUAUCGAGUCUAUCGCCGACAUGAAGCGCUUUGUGGAGGAUUACCCGGAGUUCCGCAAGCUCGCCGGCAACGUGAGCAAGCAUGUUACCCUGGUGGGGGAGCUCAGCCGGCGUGUUGGUGAAGACACUCUACUCGAUGUGAGCGAGCUGGAGCAGAGCUUGGCAUGCAAUGAAAAUCACUCAAGUGAUAUCAGGUCGCUGCAACGAAUUAUCCAACUACCCAACGUACCAGCCGACAACAAGUUACGCUUGGUUGCUCUCUAUGCUCUUCGUUACGAGAAACAGCCCAAUAAUGCGCUGCCCACGCUUCUUGACCAGCUCGUCAGUGCGGGCAGUGUCCCUCCUCACCGAGUGAAUCUCAUUUCCAAGCUGCUCGCAUAUCAUCACUCUCUCCAAGCCCCUCCCGUCGCAGGCGGAUUCACCGAUUUGUUCGAAUCUACUUCGUUCUUCUCUGGCGCGAGAGAUCGCUUCAAGGGACUGAAGGGCGUCGAGAAUGUCUACACGCAGCACUCGCCGCGAUUGGAAGUGACACUUCAGAAUUUGAUUAAAGGGCGCCUGAAGGAGCUCCAGUAUCCAUUCCUGGAAGGCAGUGGGCACACGAGGGACAAACCUCAGGACAUCAUCAUUUUCAUGGUCGGCGGCACCACGUAUGAAGAGGCCAAGAUGGUUGCGCAGGUCAACGCGAGCUCCCCAGGAGUGCGCGUUGUCUUAGGCGGCACUUCUGUCCAUAACAGCACUACUUUUCUGGAGGAAGUUGACGAUAUCGUCGUCAAGUCCGCUAAGAAUGUGGGUCAACCUCCGCGGACAAUGCGGAGACGGUUGAACUUCUUCUCAAUUCCUCUGCACCUCCCACCCACGAUGGAGCAGAAUUCCCCUAGAGGCGCAGGGGCUUCUUCGCCUGCGGCUUCUCGCGAACCGCGAUUGCAUCUCCCGUCGACGACCGAUCCGCCAGGUCCUCAAAACCCCCCUAAACCGUUCGUAUGGCUGAUUUUCGGAGCUACGGGCCACAUGGGUCGAUCGCUAGUCAAGAUCGCCCUAUCGCGUAACGACGUCGUCGCCGCCGUGGGCCGCACGUACGAGAAUAGCCCGGAAAGCAUGAAAGAGCUGGAGGACGAGCACCCGAACUGCAUGGGACUCCUCUGUGAUGUGCGCGCACGGGAAACCGUCAAGCGAGUCAUCGACCAGACCAUCGCGCGAUUCGGGCGCAUUGACGUGAUUGCCAACUGCUCUGGGUACGGGGUGAUCGGGGCCUGCGAGGACCAGGACGAGUUCGACAUACGGAACCAAUUCGAAACCAACUUCACGGGCACGCUAAACAUGAUCCAGCUAUCACUGCCGCACUUCCGGGAGCGGCGCGCUGGCCGCUAUCUGAUCUUUAGCUCGACGUCGGGGGCGCUCGGAGUGCCCGGGUUGGGCCCGUACUGCGCGUCUAAAUAUGCGGUGGAGGGCCUGAUGGAGAGUAUGUUGUAUGAAGUGGAUAGCUUCAACAUCAAGGGCACGCUCGUCGAGCCGGGCCAUAUGCGCCGCGAUGACAUCGGGGACCUGGUGUCCCCCUCGGCCAUGGCUGCCGAUCCCUCCGAACAUCAUCUCUCAUCUCCGCUGCCCCUCUACGGCCAUUUCUUGGUCAAGCCCCCCAGUGCUCCGUAUAACUCCCCCACGUCCCCUGCCGCGCAUGCGCGACGCAUGCUUAUGUGGCUCGGCGACAAGCAGCCAGCCAGUGCCGUCAAGGCGGCGCAUCUCGUCUGGCAGCUUGGUCACUGUGCUUACCCGCCGCUGCGUCUGAUCCUUGGUACCUAUGCUGUCGAGAGUAUCCGGGACCGGCUGAAGUGUAUCAUCGAGGAGAUUGAGGAUUGGAAGCAUCUCAGCUUUCCGUCGGGAGACAUGCAACCUGGGCGGGACAGCUCGUCUCUGCCGACGGCAGGCAAUGAAGAUGCCAACUUGGCCGGGACAGGGUGA